CCAUUUGAACAUAAACAUAUGGCAAUCAAAUAGAUGUAGACAUCAUCUUCAACUAGUAUAAAAGAGACAUAUGCUCUGGAUAUGAUAAUAUAUCCAAAAACACUAACAAAAUGUCAAGUGAGGAAGUGAUAAGCAACAAGCAGGUGAUUUGCAGAGAAGAAAUAUAUGGGUUGCCAAAAGCAUCUGAUAUGUACAUUACAACAACCACCAUAUCGCUCAAAGUUCCAAAAGGAACAAAAGCUGUUCUUGUUAAGAAUCUCUACUUGUCUUGCGAUCCUUACAUGCGCGGUGUCAAGGAAAAGAAGCAUGAUCGCCUUUUCUACUCCUUUGCUACCCAAUCUCCAGUAGUUGGAUAUGGAGUAGCAAAAGUUGUGGAUUCAGGCACUGAAGAUUUCAAGGAAGGAGACUUGGUCUGGGGCCCAACAAAAUGGGAAGAGUAUAGUCUCUUAACAGACCUUGAUGCCCUUGUAAAGAUCCAACACACUGAUGUGCCUCUUUCUUAUUAUACUGGACUUCUUGGGAUGCCUGGCCACACUGCUUAUGUUGGGUUCUAUGAAAUAUGUGCUCCUAAGAAAGGAGAACAUGUGUUCAUAUCAUCAGCAUAUGGUGCUAUUGGUCAGAUUGUAGGGCAAUUAGCCAAGCUAAUGGGCUGUUAUGUUGUUGGCAGUGCUGGAAGCAAGGAAAAGGUUGAUAUUCUAAAGGACAAGUUAGGAUUUGAUGAAGCUUUCAAUUACAAGGAAGAGAAGGACUUCGAUGCAGCUCUGAAAAGGUACUUUCCAAAUGGUAUUGACAUAUAUUUUGAGAAUGUGGGAGGCAAAAUGCUCGACGCAGUGCUACUAAACAUGAGAGUUCAUGGCAGAAUCGCUGCGUGUGGAAUGAUCUCUCAGUAUGAUCUUGAACAUCCUGAAGGUGUAACCAAUUUGAUGCAGAUCGUAUAUAAGAGAAUUCGGAUGGAAGGAUUUUUAGUUUAUGAUUAUAAUCACUUAUAUUCCAAGUUCUUGGAUCAUGUGGUGCCUUAUGUAAGAGAAGGAAAAAUAGUACACAUGGAAGAAGUUAACCAAGGCAUUGAGAGUGGACCUGAAGCCUUAGAAAGGCUUUUUACUGGCCAAAGUACUGGAAAAGGAGUAGUUGUUGUUGCUAGUGAUUGAUUUUGCGAAAAUUAGUUUUUCUUAGUUCGAAAGUUUAUUAAUCUCUGCUUGUUUUUGGUGACUCUCAUACCUAAGACAAGGGGUUGUCACUUGUAAGUUUAUUAUAAUUUUCUUUGAUUAUGAAAAUAAAAACUUGUGGCAGAUCAAUUGGAGUCUGGUUAGUUUUCUUU